AUGAUCGUGGUGAAACAUUUACUGGCACCACUCUUCGCUGCAGUUCUCGAUAUUCCCACCCCGAUUCCAACGGUUGUCUACGCCACGCCGCUUCGAGCGCGACCGCUUACAUUACUGAUUACCACUUGGCCGGAGCUUACAUCAAAGUCGAAGGAGGAAUUCGGCGAAUGGCUCGCUGAUCGUGGACUGCGGUGGAAGGAGCGACUUUGCCCCAACUGCGGAAAUCCAGUUGAAGUCGCGAAGCAGACGCAUAUGAACAGCCUUCAUAAGGGUUAA